GGAAAGCCAUCUUGGUUUAUUUAUUUUUUCUGCAUUGCUUGCAUCCCAAGGCCUUUCCUUGCGUUGUGUGGCCACAACAAUGUUACGCCUUGCACUGCAGAGGCAUCACAAUGUUAUUCCUUGCAUUGUGUGGAUGUAACAAUGUUGCUCCUUGGCUUGUGUGGACAUAAUAAUGUUAUUCCUUAGACAUUACAGUGUUAUCCCUUUGCAUUGUGUGGAUGUAACAGUGUUAUUCCUUGCAUGGCACAGACAUCACAAUGUUACUCCUUCCAUUGCAUAGACAUCACAGUGUUAUUCCUUGCAUUGUGUGGAUGUAACAAUGUUGUUCCUUGGGUUAUGUAGACAUUACAGUGUUGUCCCUUGCAUUGUGUGGACGUGACAAUGUUAUUCUUUGCAUUGGAUAGAGAUCACAAUGUUAUUCCUUGCCUUGUGUGGCUGUAACAGUGUUAUUCCUUGCAUUACACAGACAUCACAAUGUUACUUCUUGCAUUGUGCGGAUGUGACACUGUUACUUCUUGCAUUUCAUAGACAUCACAAUGUUGUUUGUUGCGUUGUGUGGAUGUAACAGUGUUAUUCCUUGCGUUGUGAGGACAUAACAGUGUUAUUCCUUUUCUUGUGUGGACAUAACAAUGCCAUUCCUUUCAUUGUAAGGACAUCACAGUGCCAUUCUCUGGAUUGUGGGGACAUAUCAGUGCCAUUCCUUGCAUUGUGGAGACCUAACAAUAACAUCCCCCAAAUCCACAAAAUGGGAAUCCCUUGAAUCAGGAUUCGUCCAAAAUGCCUGAGGUCAGAGACCUUGCUGAUGCUUUGCCAGAAGUGCCCAUGGACCCCAUCACUGGAGUCGGGGUCGUUGCCUCCCGGAACCGAGCGCCUACAAACUAUGAUGUAGUUGCACAAACAUCCGAUGGUUUGGACGCCGACCUCUGGAAAGACGGCUUGUUCAAAUCCAAAGUGACGCGAUAUUUGUGUUUCACACGGAUCUUUUCCAAAGAGAAUAGCCAUUUGGGUAAUGUCUUGGUUGACAUGAAGCUCAUAGAUAUCAAAGAUACCUUGCCUGUCGGCUUCAUUCCCAUCCAAGAGACCAUGGAUACACAAGAAACAGCUUUCCGAAAGAAGAGACUGUGCAUUAAAUUCAUCCCGCGGGAUUCUACGGAGGCGGCCAUUUGUGAUAUCCGAAUCCUGGGUCGGGGCAAGCAAGCUCCUCCACAGUAUACCUUCAUAGGGGAACUAAACAGUAUGGGCAUCUGGUAUCGAAUGGGCAAGGUUCCCAGGAAUCAUGAAUCAUCUCAACCCACAACGCCUUCUCCACAAGCUCCAGCCACAACGCCAGCUGCUAACCUUCCUAGGCACAUAUCUCUGACACUUCCUGCCAGUUUUCGAGGGAAAGGGCAGGGCACUCGGCCAGAUUUCGAGUACCAGCACUCUAAUUUGUAUGCCAUAUCAGCCAUGGAAGGUGUGCCUUUUAUGAUCUCGGAGAAGUUCGCCUGUGCUUCCGAAGGGAUGCAGCCGGUCGAUCUCCUGGGCAUCACAAUUAAAUCAUUGGCAGAAAUCGAAAAGGAGUAUGACUACAGCUUCAGGACGGAGCAAAGCGCUGCCGCUCGCCUCCCCCCGAGUCCGACCAGAUGCCAGCAGCUGCCACAGUCCUGAAGUCCUUCACCCGCUUGGAGAUGAAGCACAUGUACUACUGAGAGGGGAACCCAUUCCUCUCCUCGACACACGUAACCUUCUCCCCGAUUCCCUAACCCUUGACUCAAGCAGUGUUACUGGAACUCCAACCAGCAAAAGGCACACGUUUUCUCUCCUCACCUCUAACCCUGACAUUUGGCCACUAUUUGUACUAUAUAACUGGAUAGAUUUUCUUUUUUUAAUGUACUUGUUGUUGUUUUGGAGAACUUGACCAGACUGUCUUUACACUUUGGUCCAUUGGCCGCUUCUGGAAACACUUUCCCAUCAUAAUUAAAUUAAUCUAGACUGAGAUGGAUCAACUGCCCAUCUAUUUUUUUUCAUCAGCAGCCUUGAUCUUCUCUGGAAACAUUUCCUGACUGUAACUAAGUAAAUGUAGACUUAAGGGGAUGAACUGCUCAUCCCUCCAUCCUUUUUGGCGUUCCUUCCCCACUCUCCACCACAAAAGUUGUUCUGCCGAGGAGUUACUAAAAUCCAGCAAAGAAAUCUUCUUCACAUCAUCUUGCAUCAAACUGGAAACAGCAGGCAUUCAAUUUGUGGCUCUUAAUGGUGUUUUCCAGAAGAUUAAUGAGGUUAACACCUCCAUGUUGUGCUAUCAUAUCACCCAGAUGGAUAAAUUGGUCUCCAAACUUGACAACAUAUCAUUUGCCCUAAACUUGUAUCUCUAUCUCUGUACAGUUUGAGAUUUGAUCCAGGUUGAACAGAGAUUAUAAGACUCUUGAUUGGCCAACUGUGUCCUGAAUUUCACAAAUGGGUGCUUUUGUUCAGCUUUGACUUGUAAAGGAAUAGGAAAGCAAACCAUGCAUUUUUGCCUUCACCAUCAAAAUCACACAAUUGUUUACGGUUGGGAUAUCCCUGAGAACUUUGGUGGUCUGAACUGGGCUUUCAAGACAGUCUAGAAUUGCAUUCACUUGGAAAGCAAUUUGGUCCAAAGCUCAUCCCUUUGUUUCUGAGACCCUUUGAAACGGGAAUGGUCCUCAUUUUUUUUUUAACCCAGAGCUAUAGAAGCAAAGAAGAUGUUCGGUGGUGCUCUCCUGGAAUCCGAACCAUUAUGGAGACCCUUGUGUGAUGUCCUGAUUUCCUUCCUCUGCCCAGAAAUACUUGAACAUGGCAACUAACAGAAGAGCCAAAAGACUGUGCCAGUCAAUGCAUCUGGUUCUUAAGUCCCCACCACCACUCUCAAAUUGGUGGCUUAAGACAAGAGCAACCACCACCACCACAUGUGCCUCCAGAAGCCUUCUUGAAAGGAACUAAGACUUCAGUUCUCCAUGAGGCUGGUCCAAAUUUCCUGGUGCAUGAACAAUGUUCAGCUUCAGUCUCCAGCAUGCUUGUGAUGGGUGUCUCUGGCCUCUCUUUCGAGCCCCAAUUGCAUGCUUUGGUGACAUCUGUUCCUGAAAUCUAAGUUAUCUUCUUCUUUUUGCCCAAAGGCCUGUGUGAUCUCCUGUGCUGCUUCUGGGGUAGUAUGUCCUGCAGAACACAAAAUGGCAGCCAAGAGGGACAUGGUGUUAUUGUUUCUGUUUUCCCCUUCUCCUCCAGAAGCCACAGAUUCAGCUGUGUAACAUGUAAAUACUGAUUGUUUCUAACUGUAUUAAAAGGCAACCACUCUGGUUAUUUAAAAGGAAAAAGGGUAGCUGUGUUUGUAGGUUGGUUGGGGCUGCUGUGUUCUUCUAUGUUUCUCCAUCCUAGCAAGAGAGAGGGGCCUUUUGUGAACUGGCCAGAAUGUAGAGGUGCCUUCCCUUCUUUGGUUUCAAACCUGCAAUUUUUCUUUUCCAGAAAGAAAAUCAAGGUUUUCUUGGAGGCAGAUGAUGUGUCUAUGCCACAAAAUCCAGCCAACUUAUUAUUUGCUUGGGCAAAUGGUGGUCUAGAAUGGGAUUGAUGUUCAUCUAGGGUUAGGGUUAGGGUUCGCUGUGCAGUCCUGUUCUGGAUCCAUUUCUGACUUGUGAAGAUAAAUGUGGGGGUAUCCCAGGAUAAAUUGUGCUUGUCUUUUCUAUUUCUUUGGUUCAGUACUGAUAGGAAGAUGGUAAAGCACAUGGUUUACAUAAAGAAGAUCCCAGGUUCAACCCCUUGGAAACUCAAGUUGGAAGGAUCAGACAGGAAAUGCUAAGAAUCUGGAGAGCCAACCGGAGUAGAUAAUGCCAAGCUUAUGUAGACAAAGUAGACCAGUUUGGUGUAUGGCAACUUCAGAAUGUUCAUUAUGAUCAUCCAUAACUUAAUAGAAGAGUGUUUUGAAUGCAAAAGGUUGCAGGUUGGAUCCCCAUGGUCUUCUGAUGAAAAGGUCAAGGAGAGGGUAAUGAUAGAGUCUUCUCUGUUUGAGACCAUUGGGAACCACUCUUAGUUCAAUAAGACAGUACCAUGCUAGAUAGACAAAUAAUCAGACCUGGUUUAAGGUAGCCUGCCCUGGUCUGUUAGUUUUUGCUAUUGUUCUCUUCUGCUUUAUCUUGAAUUACUAACAGUGUGGGCAUCAGGAACUAGUAGAUGAAAAAUUGAGGUGGCAUUUGUCUAGUGUUUGAAGUCAGUAGGUUGAGUGUCACUGGCCACUAGGGUAUCUCCAAAUUCUGGAUUAAAUAUUUGUGUCCUACUUUUUAAAUGCAGUGGAAGAAAGAGCUAUGUGGUCUGAAAUGUGGACCUCUCAAGUCCUCAUGGUGGAAUUUCUGGAUCCUGCUAGGUUGGCAGAUGCCCAUAUUGGUGCUCAGUGAACCCAGCUUAGUAUCUUCAACCAUCUACAUGGAAACAUGUAUUCUCAGAGAGAGUGACCUGCUCCUAUUUCAUCAUCCACUAUGGGCCUUAUUCCCUGUGUAGGUUGGGAAGGAGGGGAUAGCUCAAGAAGAAUUGGGAAACAUCUCAGCUUGACUUUGCUGAAUUGGUUAUUUAAAAAUAUUAAGUCUUUGUAGUGUAUAGGAUCUUUUGGAUGUUGUAGUGCAAGGGGUGGGGAAAGUGGCCCCCAGGUUGUUCUUUUCCCACUACUGCAAACUGCCCUCACCACUAGUCCUCCCCACAAGUCUUUUCCCCCAUCUAAACACCAAAUAGUUUUAGCCAAAUCCUCAGCAGGCAGUAAACUUGGAAUGUAAUAGAGGGACUGUGCAUUCAUUUUUGUUGGAAAUCAUCCUCUGUUUGAAGGGAUAAUCUAGUUCAAAUCUGGGUUACUAAUAACCCUAAGAAAGGAGAACACAGAAGUCUGAAAAUUGUGCAGCCACACUUUGCAGGACUGGAACAUCCAGCAAACUAUUCAUUUGGUCACAGUCCUAGUCAUUUUGGUGUGACAUGGAUUCCUUUUAAAUUUUCUCUUCCGUUGUAGCCAUUUCUAAACUGGCAUCUAUGCAUAUGAACUGGCCUCUCUAAGUUAUGUAAACCAGGCCAGAACCCUGGGUGCAUGAUGCUAGGUUUGCAUAACUGUGCCAUUGUAGGUUGUGGGGGCAGGAGGGAAAAUGGCCAUGAAAAGAAGUGAUUGGGGGGAACUAGGUUGCUCAGAGCUGGGAGUCUUUGUUUGUCUUCCCCACUGUCCACUUCAAGAACAAAUAGAAGCACUGGUGUAGUGCAUCUUGCCAUAGGUCAAAAACCCACUUUGCUUCAGUAUAGCAUAAAUAUCCACUGAUGGACUCACUAGACUGGACAGUGAUAUAACUCUAUGAAUGUGCAUUGCAGGACAAUGCACACUGUUGUUACCAUAUAGUGCAGAGGGCAUGCAUGGUGAACGCUGCUCUCUGAAUAUGGAAACAUUAUUGUACAUGCAACAAACCCAUGCAGAAGCACACAUCUGCUGUCAUCAGCUGGCUAUGGCCUUUGUACAUUGUCAAAACCAAGCCCACUCUGCAACUUGCAUCUGUAUAAGGCACUCACAAGAUUCCAAACAUAAAACCCUUUUUUCUCUUUUUUUGGCCUUGCAUAAGUACCAGCCUUACAAGGGUUAGGACAGCGCAUAAAACAAGUAAGCACAAACCCAUAACAGCAGAACAAACAGAUAAAAAAGUAACAUGCCAGGGAGGUGGUUAGGUGCUAUUUUGGAGGAACGGUAUGUGUGCAUUGUAUAUGUGUGUGUACAGAGGAGUGUGUCUACUCCACCUGAAGUCAGGAGUAGGUGUUAGUAAGAAAUAGAGAGUUUUCCACUUCGUGUUUAAACCAGGCUUGAAUAGAUCAUUCUCUUGGGUCCAGAAGGGAAAGAGAAGUGGUGUAAGAGCAAUCAUUUGAGCUCUUUCUUCUCAGACCUGUAAAAAGUAUUUCCAAAUUAGUCUGCCCAAGAUCUUUUUUUUAAAGAAAGCAGGUUAACCUUGGCAUAGUAAUGUACCUAAUGUCUUCCUGUCCCAUGUAGUGAUGGAGGCUUGUUGUUGUUGUUGUUGUGUGCCUUCAAGUCGUUUCCGACAUAUGGCGACCCUAAAGCAACCAUAUUGUGGGGUUUCCUUGGCAAGAUGUGCUCAAAGAUUUGCCAUUGACUUCCCCUGCAGCUGAGAGAUUAUGAUGUGCCCAUGAUCACCCAGUCGGUUUCAUGGCCAAGCCACGAUUUGAACCCUGGUCUCCAGAUUUGUAGUCCAAUGCUCAAACUACUGUGCCACAAUCUCUUCUCUAUUGGUGUUUGCUAGGAAACAUACAGGUUGACUCUCAUCUCUCUCUAGUGAUGAUUAAAGGUACAAUAUUCAACAACUGGUUUUGAAGUCUUUUAGCCUUUUGAAAUAUGAAAAAAAUCUUCUCCAAAUGGGGUUCUGUGAAGGAAAUUGAGUUCUCAUGUGUAGUUUGUUGCUUGUAACCCUGGAAGACAUCUGUUUUGUUCUGUGUACCUAUUUCCUGUGUUGUCCCAGUAACCUCCAUUAGAGGGAGACAAAGUAUUUGUACAAGCAGUUGAAUUCCCUUUCCAUUCCACUCCCGGUGAUUGGACACUUGGUCCCACUUGUGCUCAGAAUUGCAGAGGCAAGCAUCUGUGUGUUUUGGCUUAUAAGUUUGAUCCAAUACAUAUGAUUUUGUUCUGCCCUGGAAAGGAAUAUCAGUGGCCAAAAAAGUGCAUUAAACACUGUUGUGGAAAGAGCUCCAUAAACAUGCGCAGCCUCACCCACACUAGUAUUUCACUGCCUCUAUCAAUGUAUUCUAUCACUUUGUUGUACUCACCCUCUACCUGUUACUCUUUCAGAUUUUUGCUCCCUCCCUCCCUUCCUCCCUCCCUCCCUUCCUCCCUCUGACUUUCUUGGGAAUUAGAAGUUCAACAGACGCACGCCCUUCUCUUUCUCUCUCUGAACUGUUUGAAGAGUUUAAGAGUCUUGGAUGGUUAGGGGAUGACUGACACCUAGUGACUGAAGAUGGUAUUUCACGUUAUAGCUCAAGUUCAGUUAACUAAAAUUAACCAAAAACAAAACACAAUAUCCAGGCCAAUUUUGGAAUGUUUGGAUUUCAGUGCCUCUCAGCUAUGCUGGAAGGAGAUGGAUACCCAAAAACCAAGUUUAUUUUAGAUUAUUAUAGGUUAAUGUCAUCCUGCCUUCUUCCGAUGACUUAAAAUUUGGAUGGCCCUCCUCCAGCUCCCACACUUCAUUUUUACAACAGCCAUGUGAGGUAGGCUAGGCUUGAAGUGACUAACUGAAGGUUAAGGGAGGGUAUUAAAUCUGGAUACUCCAAAUUCCUAAAUCUGGUUCUAACCACUUCACUGCACACUGCAAUUGUUAGUGGCUACAACUUUGUGUCCAAUGGCAUCUGAUGGUGUAGUUGAAAGAGGAUGAAAACUAUUAAAUUCCUAACUUUUCCAAUAGGGCUUUUACUCCCUGGAUUAAAUGUACAGUUUUACAAAAGUGGACAAACAAUCUGGUAUUCGGAUUUAUAUUUGGCGCUGCCUCUUUGCCUUUUAACCCAUGGGCGCAUUUCGCCAGAGGUUCAGGAUGACAACUUUAGAAUGAGACAAUGUGAAACGUGUUGCUAAACAGAUCUGUUCUGAGCCAUCAGAUCAUGCAGGCGAAAACAAUGCUUUUGUGUUACGCAGCUGGAAAAUCUUUGGUUGUGUUGUGUUUGUGCGUGUGCGUGUGUGUGUGUACUUUUUUAAAAAAGAGAUGCUAUGCAUUUUAUUUGUGAUGGGACGUUAAAAGUGGAUUAACUUGUUCAUUCAUCCUAUUAAUAUUAUCCUUUCGUAUUUAUUUUAGAUUGCCUUCCUUGUAUUUUACAAAGGGAAGUUUGUGUCUGAGAAUUUAGUCUGUAAUCUUAAUAUAAUUUGUUAAAUAAACAAAAGUUUUAACCUC